ACUGUGUGUGUCCCCAGGUCGCCCCGCCUCCAGUCGCCAGUCCUGGCCCCAGCACUGCCUCCCGUGCUCUCUGACCCUCUCCUCCAAGCCCUCCGCUGAUCCCGGAUGGGAACGCGGGCUGGCACCCCAGCCUCACACUCUGAUCCAGUUGCAGUCACCUGGUCCCGCCCCCGCAGCCAGAAUCGAAGUCCUAGAGUCCAAGGACUUUGCCGGCUAGACGGCGCCGGGACUGCAGGAGCGCAGAUUUUCCCCCCUUUGCAUGUGAGUCAUGGCAGCUCCCAUGAAGGGCCAAGUGUGCGUGGUGACCGGUGCUUCCAGAGGUAUUGGCCGCGGCAUCGCCUUGCAACUCUGCCAGGCAGGUGCCACAGUUUACAUCACUGGCCGCCAUAUGGACACGCUGCGGGCCACUGCUGAGGAGGCACAGUCUCGAGGGGGCCAGUGUGUGCCUGUGGUAUGCGAUUCAAGCCAGGAGAGUGAAGUGCAAAGCCUGUUUGAGCAAGUGGAUCGGGAACAGCAGGGGCGUCUGGAUGUGCUGGUCAACAAUGCCUACGCUGGGGUCCUGGCAAUUAUAAAGAACACUAAGAAGGCAUUCUGGGAAAGCCCUGCCUCCAUCUGGGAUGAUAUCAACAAUGUUGGACUCAGAGGUCACUACUUGUGCUCAGUGUAUGGAGCACGGCUCAUGGUACCAGCUGGCCGGGGACUCAUCGUGGUCAUCUCCUCCAUUGGGGGGCUGCAGUAUCUCUUCAAUGUCCCCUAUGGUGUUGGCAAAGCUGCGUGCGACAGGCUGGCUGCUGACUGUGCCCAGGAGCUGCGGCGCCACGGGGUCAGCUAUGUGUCUCUGUGGCCAGGGUUGGUGCAGACAGAACUACUGAAGGAGGUUGUGAUGGAAAACAACAAUGCUGAUGAUCCCCUGUUGAAGCAGUUCAGAUCUGAUUUCAGCUCUGCAGAGACCACAGAAAUGAGUGGCAAAUGUGUGGUGGCUUUGGCAACAGACCCCAAUAUCCUGAGCCUGAGUGGGAAGGUGCUGCCAUCUUGUGACCUUGCUCGGCGCUAUGGCCUUCGGGAUGUGGAUGGCCGCCCCGUCCAAGACUAUUUGUCUUUGAGCUCAGUUCUCUCUCAUGUCUCCACCAUGGGCUGGCUGGCCUCCUACUUGCCUGGCUUCCUCCGUAUGCCCAAGUGGAUUAUGACCCUCUACACUAGCAAAUUCUAACCCUCCUGGCCUGACCUCACAACUGUUCUCCCUUGGGCUAUGUGGUAGGGCCUGACUCCGUGAAACAAGUCAGCCUCUCCUGCCUACCUCAUACCCUUGAUAUGAAGAGAAGACCUCCACUGUAUGUCCUGGGUGAGCCCUCGGGGCCCUUAGAUACUUCUUUAUGCCUUAAUUUUACUUGCCCCUACAUUUUACUUUUUGCCUUAGUAUUGAAAAACAUCCUGCAGGUUAAUAAAAGUCUCAUUUCUCUUUCAACAAA